AUGUUAGGUCAAUUUUUUAUUCAUUUUUUACCUCUUCCUUUUGUUUAUUCUUUUUUACUCCUUCCUAGUUUUUAUUUUUUUUACCCCUUCUUAGAUUUUAUUCAUUUUUUUACCCCUUCCUAUUGUUUAUUUUUUUACCACUUCCUAGUUUUUAUUUUUUACCCCUUCCUGGAUUUUAUUCAUUUUUACCCCUUCCCAUUGUUUAUUCUUUUUUACCCUUUCCUAGAUUUUAUUCAUUUUUUACCCCUUCUUAUUGUUUAUUCUUUUUUACCUCUUCCUUUUGUUUAUUUUUUUUACUCCUUCUUAGAUUUUAUUCAAUUUUACCCCAUCCUAGUGCUUCUUAUUGCUUCACCCCUUCCUUUUGUUUAUUCUUUUUUACCUCUUCCUUUUGUUUAUUUUUUUUACCCCUUCUUAGAUUUUAUUCAAUUUUACCCCAUCCUAGUGCUUCUUAUUGCUUUACCCCUUCCUAUUGUUUAUUCUUUUUUACCUCUUCCUUUUGUUUAUUUUUUUUACCCCUUCUUAGAUUUUAUUCAAUUUUACCCCAUCCUAGUGCUUCUUAUUGCUUUACCCCUUCCUAUUGUUUAUUCUUUUUUACCUCUUCCUUUUGUUUAUUUUUUUUUACCCCUUCUUAGAUUUUAUUCAAUUUUACCCCAUCCUAGUGCUUCUUAUUGCUUUACCCCUUCCUUUUGUUUAUUCUUUUUCUAA